UCGAGUCCCCGUUGCCAUGGUAAUCUUUAAAUCGAUUGAAUAGAAUUGAUUUGUUUAUUCGUUCGAGAGCAUUCCUACACAAGGGAACAACUUGUGACAGAAAAGACUCAAAUCUCGCGAGGAUGAUUGAGACUCAAAACAAGAUCCAAGCUCCCAAGUCAGGCCCAGAAUUCCUAUCAGCUUCUCACUUUUCCAUCAGUCAAGAGGACAGAUGGGGACCUGGGCGAGACCCAAAGGCCUAUCAAAGCAUCUUCAAAAAGGACUACCCCCCACUGCCAUUAACAAAAAGAGGGCGUAUCCCUUCACCGCCACCAGCAGGAAUUAUGCAUAAAGAUGAUAGAUAUGCAGAUCAUGCUUCUUUAACAAGAACCCAUUUUGUUGAGAAACCGCUGAAAAAAACACAGUACUCAGGGUCUGAGUAUGCUCUCAGGAAGACAAACUUCAAGAUGGAUUCAGACACUCAACUGAAGUCUUUCGACACCACACAUAAAGAGUACUUUCCUGUGCGCUCCCUCUCUAAUGCCCAAAACCCUGCUGGUACUGGCAAGACAGAGUGGAUGAAGAGCUCUAUACCACAAGGCGACAAGGAAAAAGAGCUCUGGCCCCAGUCUGACUACAAAAGCAGAUUUCUAGGAGAGCAGCUUGGAAGAGGUUCAUUAGUAAGAGUGAGGGGAGACCAAGAGGGAAAGGAUACAAUCACAGGUGACCGACGGACACAGAAUGGCCAAUUCAAUACUACUACAAAAAGUGAAUUUAUUGGCCACUAUUUGCCAAAACAAAUGCAAGAUCCAGCAUUAAAGGCUGGAGGCUCCAACAUACCACAGGGUGACCAAGAGAAGUGCAACUACUCAACCUCCACACAACAGGUUUCAUUUCGUCGUCCAACCAUCAGCAAAUUCGCCCCAUUCAACAGAGAGGAGGCAGUUCACAAACUCAGACAAACGACAUUCCAGCUAGGGGACAGGCGUGUUCCCCAUCAUCUUCAGAGCACUGCAGCUCAUUCUUAUCCUUGUCCAUCUCAUACAGAUCGAAGCAAGGCCGUUAAUCUGAGUAUGGGUGAUAGUAGUUUCCCCCAAGGAGACUUGAAUCCCAUGCGCUCGCAUGAGAGAAUCUGCCGCACUACCAAUGAUCUUUUCUUUGGCCAUCCGGCCCUUGGACACAGAAAUCCCAUCGUGGAUGGGUCGAACCUGAGAACCGUAUCUAAUGUGCACCUGGGCGGGGCGAAGGGGAAACGUUUUUAUGACACGUCCAUGAAAAGCGACUAUCAGGCGGUGCCGUGUACAUACAAACAACCUGCUUCUGGGACAACCACAAAUAGCAGUAUACCUCUAGAUUAUUACGCUGGUGAAGUGACGCUUCCCACCACUUGGAGUGACUUUCCUUCCCAUGCAGGGUUCCCAAAACUCUUGCCGAACCCAGCCGCCCUCAGCAAUUUGAAAAUGUCCCAUAUCGUUCCACCCAUUCCCGGGGAGCGCGAGUUCAGCACGACUCAUCAGAGAACCUACACUCCGAAAAAGACCUCGCGACUUGAUAGCAAACUAGGGAGUCUUCAAAGAAGUUCUGUACCGAUAGGGACCCUGGAUCGAUACCAGUGAAACUGUGGUGUUUAAGCUUACGUAAAAAAGAAAUAAAGCACUUUUUAUUCAUUUGAUAAUAUCGAUAGAGCCCUGAUCAACAUAAGGUCUCUAAUAAGUAAAACCAUGUGUUAUAUUACAUACAGUAGAAAAAAGCACAUUUAACAAUUUAGGGAGGUUUCUAGAAUGAUACAGGUAAUAUAGAACUUUGUCUGGACGUCUAAAGUCGAUACAGAAAAUUACGAAAUGUGUUUCUUUAGAAAACAAAUAAAGCACGUAUUUUCUUAUUAA